AUGGCAUGUGGGAAUUGGAGACCGGACAAGUACCAUUUGACUUCCGUUGAUGCUUAUGGGCAUCCCGAGUUUAUUAAGAACAUGAUCACAGGCUCAUCGCGGGUUGAUUGUGCCCUUUUCAUUGUUGAUUCCACCAGUACUGGUGGUUUUGAAGUUGGCAUUUUUAGGAAUGGACAGACUCCAUUGACUAAAUCUCCUAAUAUGGAUGCUGCCGAUUACUUAAAGGAGAGGUCUGAUGAAAUUGUGGAGGAGCCGGCAAAAACUGGGAAAUUUCUGACAGACGUUCCCUUGUCAGGUUCAGAAGGGGACUACCCAACUGGUGGAGCACUUGACCAGAUUCAAGUUCCUGAUGGAGGUAAGAGCAUCAAGUUUGCUGUCAUGAAGGGAAGCAAGAAAUUUAAGGCUGCUAUGGUAAAGGGCGGUAAGAAAUUUGCGGACGCUAUGGUUAAGGGAGGUAAAAAGUCUUGGGCCGCUAUACUAAGAGGAGGUAAGAAAUUUGGGCCUUCUUGUAUUAGUGGAUGUGUUAGUGGAUGCAUCCAGGCUAUUGUGGAUGCGGUAACCAACUGA